CCGGAAGUACCGGCAAAUCGUCAACAUGGCAGACGUGGUCAAAGAAACUGUUGAAAAACUGAACGAAACUUUGAACGAAACAGCUAAGAAUGCCACCAAAAAGAUACCGGCUACACCAGAAGGGAUGGCCAUGGCAUAUGGCAGUUUGUUUAUCAUGGCGUUGAUACCGAUUUUCUUCGGAUCCUUUAGAUCUGUGAAGUUCCACAAAGCGCAGAAGGAAUCCGGUGAGGCAACUGAAACUAUGACACACAAAGAUGCUGCGAUGUUUCCAAUCAUAGCCAGCUGUUUUCUUUUUGGUCUCUACAUCUUCUUCCAGAUCUUUUCUAAAGAACACAUCAAUCUCCUUUUGACUGGUUACUUUUUCUUCUUGGGAAUUCUAGCUCUGGCACACAUUUUAAGUCCUGUGGUGAGAGGCUUGAUACCUGAAGCCUUCCCUAACAUGCCCUAUCACCUUAUCUUCACUCAGGGCAAGGGAAAAGAUAAAGAAAGUAUGGUUGACUAUGAAUUUGAUAGGAAGGACUGUGUUAGUUUGGUGCUGUGUAGUAUUAUAGGAGUCUGGUAUCUUUGGAAGAAGCACUGGAUAGCGAACAACCUGUUUGGGUUAGCAUUUGCCCUGAAUGGCGUUGAAUUCCUUCAGCUGAAUACAGUCAGUACUGGAUGUAUCCUACUCGGAGGACUCUUCUUCUAUGACAUUUUCUGGGUGUUUGGGACCAAUGUAAUGGUGACAGUUGCCAAAUCAUUUGAAGCACCAAUCAAAUUGGUAUUUCCCCAAGAUCUUCUCGAGAAGGGCUUUGGUGCUGAAAACUUUGCUAUGUUGGGUCUUGGUGAUAUUGUCAUCCCUGGCAUCUUCAUUGCACUUCUCCUUAGACUGGAUGUCAGUUUGAAGAAAGAUAGUAAAACAUAUUUUUACGCUAGUUUUAUUGCGUAUAUCCUCGGUCUUGGGCUGACCAUGCUUGUCAUGCAUGUGUUCAAACAUGCUCAGCCUGCUCUGCUGUACUUGGUUCCGUGCUGUACCGGUAUCCCAAUCUUAGUUGGUUUGGCCAGAGGUGAAAUCAAGGAAAUGUUCAGUUACCAAGACAAUCCACCAGAGGAGGAAGGAUCCGGGGACGACAAGGACAAAGAGGGCAAAGGAGAGAAGAAAGAAGUGAAAAAGGAGAAGUAGACUCUGAUGAAUCAUAUAAUAUUUAUGAAGUGAAGGCUCUUUUUAUAGAUUUUUUCAACAUCUUCUUUACUUGUAUGUGAAUUCUGUUUUGGGAGACAUGAGGAAGUUCUUUAAAAAGGUUCUUCUGUUUUCAUCACUUGGGAAGCUUGUGAGGCUGUUCUGUUAUUAUCGUACAUGUCAUCAGAAGUUAAAUUUGGUCUUGAUGUUUGCUAUGUAAUGUAUAGUGGCUAUUUCGUGAGGUCUGAUUCUACACUUUGGUUAGCAAUGUUUUCUGGCCGAAAACGAUCCUCAUUGGUCAGUGGUUGCUUGAUUUAAAAAAUGCUCACUGUUGGGAGCAAAUCUCAAAGACAAGAAGGAAGAUGUCAGUAGCUUUAUGGUGCGGUUUAUGUUUUACCCCCAAAAAGGUGAUGGAGUAUUUUAUGUCAUCAUGCAUGUAUGUGUUCAUGGUCAUCUCGGCUACAUGUGCAUGUAGUUUUUAGCCCUCGGCCACUGGCAUUGUUUAUUCAAAUGCUUGAAUUGGAAAAUUAACGGGACACGAUGGAUGGUAUCAGGGCAGAGGCACCAUCUGCAUUUAACACUGUGCAAUUGCAGAGUCGGCAAACAUAAUUGGCCAACUGCAGGAGGGGAGAGUUCUUAUUGAGUGAAUCAUGUUUCCAGCGUUCUACUCUGAUAAUAUCAGUUUAAGUGUAAUCAUAACUAUAGACAUGAUAGACCAUACACCCAGGAAUUCGGUUCCAACCUUUAUCCGUAAGGGGGUGAGUAUUGGUCAAUACUUUCAGACUCCCUCCCGAUAGCUGGUGGAUCAGCGGCAUGAGGGACUAGUGCUUCAAUUUGAGUCUUGACAGUUAUUGCUUUCGACUGGUAAAUUUUGUAAAUGAAUCCAAGUGAAUACAAGUUUCAAGAAUUUGUGUACAUUGUUCUCAAAGAAGUUAGAGAUCUUCACCCUGGGUUGUGCAGUAUAUGUAACUGUACAGCUUGACUCUCAGGCAUGUCUAUUUUGGUAAACAAUCAGAUGAUAUUCUAGUGCUUGUACAUGAAGUACAUGACUAACAUGUUCUGUCGUUAGGCUCAUGCCUAAUUCUAAUAAACGUACAUUGUUGUGACUGUUGUCCAGUCGGGGGGUAUGUUAGUUGUAGAUGUUUCAUAAUGAUCAGGUGGUAAACCCAAAUGUCCAGUGCAUACAUAACAGUUUGAAAGAAUGUAUGCUUUCUCACUAGACAAUGUGUAUUGUGCGUUGAAGGCUUAAAGGGACAAGUAGGGCAUGUUGGUAUUCUGUUUUCAUGUGAAAACAGGAUCACUAAAAAUCAUUAUUAUAAAACAGCAAUAAGCAUUUCACUAAAAUAGAAUGUAACCCUCCGUCUACCUGAAAUUUGUAACUUAUCCAAAACCGCCUCACGGCACAGGCAAUAAGUGUUAUAGAGAAUAUGAUCAGCUUUUAGUGUGGCGCUUCAUGGCAUUGAGUGGGGACUUCAUCCUCCUUGCCUCCUAAAUCCCAUGCCCCAGUUGUCCCUUUAAGAGCCACAUCAAGUGGAGUAUGUCCAUUGGUUCAGAGAUGUAUGUAUUUUUGUUGAUGUAUCUGAAGAAUAAAGUGGUAUGGCCUCAA